GAGGGGCGGUGCCCGGGCUGGGGGGCGGAGGCAGGCGGCCGUGGCUCCUUCCCGGGACGCUCUUUCCUUCCUCCUCUUGCUCCUCCUCCCGCCUCUCUUCGCUCCUCCCGCCUUUCUUCGCUCCUCCUGCAAACGCGGUGGGGGCUGCUUGGCCGCCAGGAGCAGCAAGAGACAGGGCAACCUGAGAGACUGGACCAGCACUGCACUGGGUAAUUUACUGGUAGGAAAAAUAAUCCCCAAGGAGAUUGAAGUGAGCUUCAGGAUGGCAAAAGAAGAGCCCCGGAGUAUCUCAAGGGACUUGCAGGAGCUGCAGAAGAAGCUGUGUUUGCUGAUAGAGUUCUUCCAGAAUAACCCAAAGGUGAUGGCCUUUACAAAGUCUCCACUGGGUCAGUACUUGGACAGACAUCCGUUUCUGGCCCUCGCCUUGCUGGUGUUCAUCGUCACAUCGGCUGUUCCUGUUGGGUUCUUCCUGCUCCUCGUGAUCCUUACCACCCUGGUUGCUCUGGUCGGGGUCAUAAUACUGGAAGGACUGGUCAUCUCUGUGGGUGGUCUCUCACUGUUCUGCAUUCUCUGUGGCUUGGGCUUCAUAUCACUCGCCCUGUCGGGGAUGAUGAUGGCAUCCUAUAUAAUAGCCUCCAGCCUCGUCAACUGCUGCUUUUCUCCCAGACCACUGACACAGCAAAACCCCAAUGGCGACUGUCAGCUGGCCAUGAAAGCCGCAGACUUCAAGGGGCUUUACCAGGAAUGAGUGGCUGCUCGGAGGCUGGGCUUCUUUUCAAGCACUGCUGGAUCAUACUCGCCCCUUGGGAUUAUGGCUCAGAAGAAGGGGGCUGGGUAGGCAAGCACUCCUUGGCUGUGUCAUCCCGCUUUUUCACUUAUUUGUAGGAUCCCGCAGCAGCCAAUUUAGGGAUUGUGGUGUUCUUGUGUUGGUUCCCAUGUAAAGAAGCAGCAGAGAAAUGCAAUGCCUCAACAGCUCAACUUAAAUGUCCAUCAGUGGUGGAUAAAGAAAAUGUGCUGCCAUAUACAUCGUAGAAUAUUACACAGUCAUAAAAAAAUGAGAUCGUGUCCUUUGCAACAACAUGGAUGCAGCUAGAAGCCAUUACCUUAAGUGAACUAAUACAGGAACAGAAAACCAAACACCAUAUGUUCUCACAUAUAAGUGGGAGCUAAACAUUGGGUACAUAUGGAAAUAAAGAUAAGAGCAACAGACAUUGGGGUCCUACAGUAGGAGGUGGAAGGUGGGAGGAGGGUGAAGAUCAAAAAACUGUCAGGUACUAUGCUUAUUACCUGGGUGAUAAAAUAAUCUGUACACCAAGCCCCCAUGACGUGCAAUUUACCAGUGUAACAAACCUCCACAUGUACUCCUGGAACUAAAAUAAAAGUUUUAAAAAAGCA